CCUCAAAAUUCCCCUGCAUUUCAUCAAACAAUUAACUUUAGCUCAGUUAUUUCACUCUCUGCAAUUGCGCAAUUCCAUCGAUCCCUUUAACCUUUUCAGCUGUUUCAGCUGUUACAGUACUAUGAUCACCGAUAAAAAAACUGCUAAUGCCAUGGGAGGCAACACGGCGCGAGCCUGCGACAGCUGCAUGGUGAAGAGGGCUCGGUGGUUUUGUGGAGCUGACGAUGCUUUUCUCUGCCAGAGGUGUGAUGCUUCUGUACACUCGGCGAACCUCUUAGCCAGCAGACACGAGAGGGUUCGUCUCAAGUCUUCGUCUCACAAGCUCGGUGAUCACUUGGAAAUCGAGCCUCCGGUCCCAGCUUGGCAGCAGGGGGUCACGCGAAAGGCACGGACUCCUCGUGGCCAUGGGAAUCAUAAGAGCGGCAAAGAUGAAGCUGGGAAGGUUUUACAGCAGUCUGUGCCUUUUGUGCCGGAGAUUGGGAGCGAAGAAGUUGAUUACUGUUGCCUUGAGGAUGAUCAUGAAACUGAAGAUCUUGAGCAGCUGCUUUAUAGGGUCCCCAUAUUCGACCCUUUUCAAGCUGAGCUUUGCAAUAACAUGACAAAUAUCGAUCAUCAUGAGGUCAAAAUGGGAAUUGGUCAUGAAGAUUUUGGAGAUCGGAGUAGUAGCCCGUGCGACGAGUUGGAUAACUUGCAGGGUCUAAUUCUACCUUCGGAUAUGGAGCUCGCGGAGUUUGCUGCUGAUGUUGAGAACAUGCUUGGGAAGGGACUUGAUGAGGACUGCAAUGAUAUCAAGGAGUUGGGACUAAUGGAUGGGGCUAAAGAAGAAGAGGACUAUAGCAUGGAUGUUUGUAUUGGCAUUGAAGAAAGGAAGCUGGUGAAGAUUGAAGAGGAAGAUCAAGGAAUGGAAUGUGAAUUCAAUCCUUCAAUGCUGGAUUGGAGCUUGGAUUAUGAUGAUGAGUCAGCUGCGGUGUUGCUUGGGGGAAUUACUACUAGCACUGAUCAGGAGGAGGUGGAGGAGAAGGUUGCGGUGCUCAUGGAGGCCGAGAAGAAAAGGAAGAAGAUAUGUCUGAGGCUGAAUCAUGAGGCAGUCAUCAGUGCCUGGGCAAGCCAAGGCUCUCCGUGGACCACCGGAGUAAAACCGGAGCUCAACCCCGACGAUGGCUGGCCCGACUGCAUGGGCAUAUGGGGUGCAAAUCAGAUUAUGAAUUUGCAAGGACAUGGAAAUAGUAGUGCAGCAGCUUACAGGAUGGGAAUGAGAGUUGAUACUGAGCAGCGACCAGGAAGAGAAGCAAGAGUUUCGAGGUACAGAGAGAAGCGAAGGACACGAUUGUUUUCGAAGAAGAUUAGAUACGAAGUGAGGAAGCUCAACGCAGAGAAGAGGCCUAGAAUGAAGGGUCGAUUCGUUAAGCGAACCUCCUUCCAGAUGGAGAUGGGGGCUAAUACUACUACUACUACUACUACUACUUCUAAUGCACCUCCCUACCAGAAGCACCAGCACCUCAAAAAAUAACAGUGCUGCAUGUACCAGGGAGUACGGACUGAUCAUGAACACCUCCCAAUUUUGCUUGUUUUGUGGCAAAAUUGGUCUGACCUAUUAAUCAUGUAUGCAUGCAUGGCCUGUAUGUCAUAUUCCAUGAUAUAUCACGUUUGGUCUGCCUUACAAUAAAUGAAGUAUAUAACUUGGUAGCUCGCCUUACCUGUCUCUCAGUCAAUACUAAUGGCUAGUUCUGGCAAAUCCGAAGCAGUAUGUACUGUGUAAUGAAGCAUAAGAUCUUGUUGUAGAACGAGGAUCUAAAAACAAAUAAGAGUGCAAACACGUGUACAAAUAAAAUGUGAUUUAUUGAUAAUCAAGUGCGGGGUUACAAUCUUUGUGAAUUCCUCUGAUUCUAUUUCCGUAUGUAACUUGGCUCAAGGGUGACAUGCACUUGAUCUUGAGAAUUUGAGUUUGGAUUUAGAUUUGAUGAAGAACGAGCGAUUUGAUAGCUCGAUGAU